GGAGUGUGAAUAAAGUCUUGUACUCUGGGAGAGUUGGAGGCGAAAAUUUUGGAAAAUAUGGCGUCGUUUUGGGUGUCUGGCGCCUCUCGUGGUCGCCGGUCUCUGAAACCCUCUCUAUCGUCUAUCUUCCUCUCCAAUCCACUCACCUCUCCGACACGCCCAACACCUGCCCUAAACCCUAACCCUAGUCUCAUUGUCAUCCCGAUCAGACAAUUCUCGAUUUUGACCCCCAAUUUUAAAUUUUCCCGCGAAAAUGAAGAAUCCAAUUGUUGUUCAAAUUUCGCACUAGUCCGGCGAAUAUCCACAUUGUCGAACUCGAAGAAUGAAGACAAUAAGCAUGGAAAUGGAAGGGAAUUGUCGUGGAUUGACUUAUAUUUGCCCAGGCUGGCUCGGCCUUACGCUCACCUUGCCCGUCUCGACAAGCCCAUCGGCACUUGGCUCCUCGCUUGGCCCUGUAUGUGGUCGAUUACUAUGGCGGCCUCAUCGGGACACCUUCCAGAUUUCAAGAUGAUGGCUUUGUUUGGAUGUGGAGCUCUGCUAUUAAGGGGUGCUGGCUGUACUGUAAACGACCUCCUUGACCGGGAUAUUGAUACAAAGGUCGAACGUACAAAGUUGAGGCCAGUUGCUAGUGGUCUUUUAACACCAUUUCAAGGCGUUUCUUUUCUUGGGUUUCAACUACUUUUGGGUUUGGGUAUUCUGUUGCAACUUAACAAUUAUAGCCGCAUUUUGGGAGCUUCAUCUUUGUUUCUGGUCUUUUCCUAUCCUCUCAUGAAGAGGUUUACAUUUUGGCCUCAAGCGUAUCUUGGUUUGACGUUUAACUGGGGAGCAUUAUUGGGAUGGGCUGCAGUUAAAGGAACUCUUGAUCCAGCUAUUGUGUUCCCACUGUAUGCUUCUGGAGUUUUUUGGACUCUUGUAUAUGAUACUAUAUACGCACAUCAGGAUAAGGAAGAUGAUUUAAAAGUGGGUGUCAAAUCCACAGCCUUGAGAUUUGGGGAUUCAACUAAACUGUGGAUAACUGGAUUUGGAAUGGCAUGCAUUGGUUGUCUUGGCAUCAGUGGAUACAAUGCUGAUAAUGGGUGGCCAUUUUAUUUAUUUUUGGUGGGUGCAUCUGGACAAUUGGCUUGGCAAAUAUGGACAGUUAACAUAUAUUGCCGUACUGAUUGUAAUAGAAAGUUUGUGUCUAACAAAUGGUUUGGUGCCAUUGUCUUUAGCGGGAUUCUUUUUGGUAGACUCUUGUCAUAGAGACUGGGAAAUCAUCAGACAUCCUUUGCUGCCGAUGAUCAAUAAUUGAGACAGCUCUUUUGGCUCGGUUAUAGAGAGCAUAGAAGUUUCACCAAUUUUUGCUAUUUGAUUUAUAUCCCUUUGGACACUUCUUCAACUUCACCCGAGAAUGCUAAUUUUUUUGGCCAGACACAAGCAUAGGAUUCAUGUUGUAAUAAAAAUUGUAUAGUUUUACAGCGAAAGGGCCUGUUGAAUGUAUGUAUGAUAUAUGAAAUUAUUUAUAUAUGUAAUAAGGAAAACAUGCCUAUCUUGUUCUAAGGGGUAAUUGAAA